CUUUUUUCCGGGGCGUGGGUAUGUUGUGUGUGUGUUGACACUGUCGUGCAUCCAGAGUCGGUACUUCGGGGCGUCAUUUGGCCGCCGCGAGCCACAGGUGUGCCGGAAAAGAUCCGUGUCGGUAAAUAGGGUUUCUGCGCGGUCAGCGCGCGCUGCUGGGGAAGGGAGCACACUUGACUCCUCUGCGUACUGUCACAGCGGACUGAAGCGGGUCGCGGUCCGUAGCCUCAUCUGGGCAGCGUGUGGGUGCGGGCUGCACUGUUGAACGCACACCGCCUGCCCUGCCACGACUUAGGGGCAAAGGUGCCUUCGGUGGCCUCCCACUGUGAACUUGGCAGUCCCACUCUGAAUCCCCCCCUGAGUCCACUGGGAGGUCUGAAGCAACCUGUGAAGGCCUCAGGUGUGAAGUUGGUCAGUGGCAGGCUGAACGAAAUGAAGACAUGCAACGUGUUUCUGGCAGCUCUGCUGCUCCCAAGCAUCCAAGCAGUGUGCCCAGAUAAGGAGCCAGGACUGCAGCCAUGGAUGCCGGGGCACAGUGAAGACCACCGUGUUACAAUCGGUUAUGGAAGGAAGGUCCUCCUCACAACAUCAGCUACGGUCCACUCCAUUGAGAUUCUCAAUGGGGGAAAGCUGGUGAUUGCUGACACUAACCGGCCCAUACUACUUCGAACAAAACACAUUCUGAUUGGAAACAAAGGGGAGCUUCACAUUGGAGGUCCAGACUGUCCUUAUAAAGGCAACCUCACUAUCUCCCUUUUUGGAAGAUUGAAUGACAGUGAUCAGGAACAUAGCUACUUUGGGAGGAAGUACAUUGGCGUGGGGACAGGAGGGACACUAGAGAUCCACGGCGAAAAGAAGCUGUCAUGGACGUUCCUCAACAAGACCCUCUACCCUGGAGAGAGAAACCAAAACAACUACCUGUUCCAAAGAAGCUGGGGGAACCGAGGCAUCAUUAUCCACGUCAUCGACCCCAAGACCGGAGAGGUGCUGCACAAUGACCGGUUUGACACAUACCGUAGUAAGGAUGAGAGUUGUCGCCUUGCAAAGUAUGUGGAUGGUGUGGAGGCAGGGCUCAUACUGGCCAUGGUGGUCAACGAUGAGGGCUCCAACAACUUGGAGGUCUCAGCCAAGAAGAGCCUCUACAGGCUGGGCAGUCAGCACAUCAGCAGUCUGGGAUUUCGGCAUCCCUGGACUUUUAUAGUGACAAAAGGUGACGCUUCUUCUGUUGUGGAGGAUCAUGCAGUCUAUCAAGGGACCAAGGCCUCAUCAGAGGCCCUGAGCUCUCGUGUUUUUCAGUCAAGUUAUGGGGAGCAUUUCACCAUCACCACCAGCAGCCAGUGGGUGCAAGAGGCAGAGUGGACAGAAUGGUUUGACAGGGAUGAUGAGAGGGGAUCUGGAGACUGGGAGAAACUGUCUGACCUGCACGAGGCUUAUCCAGACAGGCUGUGUGCCAGUCCACUGGACAUCCAGGCUGAAACCCAUGAUGGCAUACCAAGCAACCAGACAGGAGAUGUGAUCCACAAGAAUGACAAGGACUAUGGCUUUGUCUGCCUCAAUAAGGACCAGGCUCAUGGCCUCUGUCACAACUACAGGGUCCGCUUCCUCUGUGGAAAACUGGUUCGUCCACAGGCCUCCAUUUCCAUCGUCAUGUUGUCCAACAGCAGCAUCCUGGAACUCGCCAACCAACCAGAGGGCUGGGGAUCCGGGGAUCGGGUGGUGGUGGCCAGUACCGACUACUCCAUGCACCAGGCGGAAGAGUUCACCCUGUUGCCCUGCCCUACCUGCACAUCCAACCAGGUCAGGGUCCAAGGUAAGGCCCAGUUCAUCCACAUGGGUGAGGAGGUGGACGGGGUGGAUAUGAGAGCGGAGGUGGGCCUGCUUAGUCGUAACAUCCUGCUCCGUGGGGACAUGGAGCCUAAAUGCUAUGGCAAUGAGGCCUGCAAAUUCUUCGACUUUGACACUUUUGGAGGACACUUGAAGGUGGAGCGGGGCUUCAGGGCAGUUCAUAUAUCUGGGGUGGAGCUCCAGCACAUGGGCCAGCAGACAAUGGGACACUAUCCGGUCCAUUUCCAUAUGAACGGAGACGUGGACGAGAGGGGAGGCUACGACCCCCCCACCUCCAUCAGCGAUCUGUCCAUCCACCACUCCUUCUCCCGCUGCGUAACCAUCCAUGGCUCCAACGGAUUGCUGGUAAAGGAUGUGGUGGGCUAUGACACGCUAGGCCACUGUUUCUUCAUGGAGGACGGUCCAGAAGAGAGGAAUACCUUUGACCACUGCCUGGGUCUGAUGGUGCGAGCCGGGACCCUGCUGCCCUCAGACAGAGACAGCAAAAUGUGCCGUGACAUCACUGAAGGAGCUUACCCGGGAUAUGUGGCCAACCCACGCCAAGACUGCAGCGCAACUUCGACUUUCUGGAUCGCCAACCCCAAUAACAACCUCAUCAACUGUGCUGCUGCAGGCUCAGAGGAAACAGGUUUCUGGUUCAUCUUCCACCAUGUGCCUACUGGCCCCUCAGAGGGGCUGUACUCCCCUGGACACACUGAACACACACCUAUGGGCCAAUUCACCAACAACAGAGCCCAUUCCAACUAUAGGGCUGGAAUGAUCCUUGAUAAUGGAGUAAAGACCACCCAGGCAAACAACAAGGACAAAAGACCCUUCCUGUCUCUGGUUGGAGCCAGGUAUGGCCCCCACCAGGAUGCUGACCCCUUCAAACCCAGAGUCCCUGCUCUCAUCCACCACUUUGUAGCCUAUAAGAACCAGGACCACGGAGCCUGGCUGAGAGGAGGGGAUGUCUGGCUGGAUGACUGCCAAUUUGCUGAUAAUGGCAUUGGCCUCACUCUGGCGAGUGGAGGGACAUUUCCAGAUGAUGACGGCUCUCGUCAGCAGGUGAAAAACUCACUGUUUGUGGGUGAAAGUGACAAUCAUGGGAUGCCCCUACCUGACAACCGGAUCUGGGGCCCCGGGGGCUCUGACCUCACUGGCAGAACCCUGCCACGUGGCAUUGACUUUCCUAUCCGGGGCAUGCAGAUCUACGAUGGGCCCAUCAACAUGCAGAACUGCACAUUUCGGAAAUACACGGCGCUGGAUGGACGGCACACUAGUGCCUUUGGCUUCAGGCUCAACAACUCCUGGCAAAGCUGUCCGAACAAUAAUGUCACUGACAUCACCUUUGACCACGUACCUAUCACGUCUCGGGUGUUUUUUGGGGAGCCGGGUCCCUGGUUUAAUAAGAUGCAGAUGGACGGGGACAAGACGACCAUCUUCCACGACAUCGACGGCUCGGUCAGCGAGUAUCCCGGAGCCUUCCUGGUUAAAGACGACAACUGGCUGCUCCGCCACCCCGACUGCAUCGACGUGCCCGACUGGAGGGCUGCUAUCUGCAGCGGCCGCUACGCACAGAUCUACGUCCAGACACGUAAUCCUGCCAACCUGACCAUGCACAUGUUGAGGAAUGAGUACCCUGAUCGGCCCCUGACACUAGAGGGCGCCCUGGGGAAGAGGAAACACUACCAGCAGUUCCAACCGGUGAUCACACUGGCCAAAGGCUACACCAUCCACUGGGACCAGGCGGCGCCUGCUGAGGUCACCAUCUGGCUCAUCAACUUCAACAAAAAUGACUGGAUCACCGUGGGCCUCUGCUACCCACAAGGCACCAGCUUCACCGUCAUCUCAGACAUCCACAACCGCCUGACUAAACAGACCCGCAAGACCGGCGUCUUCAUGAGGACAGCACAGAGAGAGAAGAUCAAGCACUCCCAGCUGGCUAAAAGUUACUACUACUGGGAGGAAGACACUGGCCUGCUCUUCCUGAAGGUAAAGGCCCAUAACGAAAGGGAGCAGUUUGCCUUCUGCUCUGUCAAGGGUUGUGAGAGGGUGAAGAUAACAGCUGUCAUCCCUAAAGGCAGUCCACCCAGCAACUGCAUGGCCCAGGCCUACCCCAAACACACUGAGCUGCCCAUUGUGGAUGUACCCAUGCCCAGAAAGAUACCUAAUACCAGGCUGCAAUCAUCAGAUCACUUCCUGGAGGUCAAGCUGGAGUCUUACAACACUCGCUUCUUCCACAUCAAGGAGGACUUUGCCUUUACUGAGGUGAAUGGCAGGAAGUUGUACCAACCAGAAGAUGGAGUACAGCUGACAGUAAUUGACGGGCAUGAUGGGAAGGUGGUGGAGAGCAAAGGCUUCAGGAACUCCAUCCUACAGGGCGUCCCUGCACAAAUACACAACUAUGUCAGCGGACUGAGAGACGGUUCCAUCGUUGUCAUUACGUCUAAGGGCCGUCUGGUUACCAGAGGAUCCUGGACUAAAGUCCUGGAGAGACUUGGAGCAGACAAAAGCAUCAAAUUGAAAGACAAGCUGGCAUUUGUGGGCUUCAAGGGCUCCUUCCACCCUGACUGGGUCCAUCUGGAGGUGGACGCCGACCGAGCCAAGAUCCAUCAGGUCCUGCCUGUCCCUGUGGUCCUCAAGAUGAAGCUAUGAGUGGCAGGCAGAGUGGGGAGGACAGCCAAGAGGCUAUGUAGCCCCCAGACACUGGCAUACCCCCCCCCCCUCUCACCCCCCCACCCCCCACCCCCCACCCCUCCCCCCCAAAAAAACACGCACAGACACUCACAUACACACUGCAGAGUCAGUUGCUCCAAGCCAUUGGUCCAGGAUCGAGUGGAGUUCUUUCUAGGCUGGGCGGUGAGAAAGAAUGAUGUGAUUCAGUGUGUUGAAAAGGGAAGACCCUCUCCCAGAGCCAGCACUGCCCAUGAUGAACUGUAUCUGUGUAAGACCCCCACCAUCAGUAGAGGGCUUUAAGGUGACAACACACCGUCUGGCAGCCAUAUUGGAGGUCCUCAGCUCUUUGGCAACAGAGAUCAGUGGCUCAGACCAGCCAAUGGUGUUUGCUGAAAUGUGGCUGCUCUACAGACACUAAUAGACAUGAUUGAUAUUGGUUCUGUUUUUGACUGAACGCUGUAAUUGCAUCACUAACAUUAUUGUUAUGGUUACAUAAUGUUAGCUUGUCAGCUAAAGUAACCAUUGGAUUUGGUCAGCAAACCAUCACUGUUGUGCUGUGAAAACAUCCAUUUUGUACAGCAGCUAACAUGGACAUUAAAAUAGUUUCAUGUUAACAUUAACAUUGGCCAGUUUACUAAAUUAUUCGGUAGGCUUGUUAGCUCUCUGACAAAGCCAGAAACAUUGACUGACUCUUCUCAAGCUACACGUAGCAGAGCUUUAGCAUAGAACCCGGGGCUUAAGACAGUUCAACCUUUGAUGUUUUGCACGUAGUCCAUCCUUUAACAGACUUUGCUAUUGGUUUACCACAGAACUCUGACAUCUAUAGUAAAAAUGUCAAUACUCUUUGGUGUUAGAUGAUACUGUUGGACUGUGCUGUAAGAUGGUGCUGUUAAGGUCGGUUUCAAAUGCUGUUCAAUGAUCUGUCAAGCACUUUGUUUGAAGCAUACUGACGCCUUCAGAGCCUGCAUUAGGUGUCCCCUUCCCCAACGACAAUGAUGCAGCUGCAUCACUGGUUUAGAACGCAGAAAUUAAGAGAAGUUCUCCUCAGUCAUGGGUGUUUUCCAUUCCAAUAAUAUAGGAUGAAAUAUAGGAUACAUAGGAGAGUUUAGGGUUUAUUUGCUCAAUGAGAGAUAGAUAGUGUCAUGACCAUUUAGGAGUAAAGCAAAGUAGGACAGAUGGCCCCUUGCUGGCCACAUCCUCCAGCAUUUCCUGGGAAUCCCAAAGCUUUCCCAGGCCUGAAGAGAUAUAAACCUUCCAGCAUGUUCUGGGUCUUUCCUGAGGUCUACGCCAUGUUGGAAAUGCCUGAAAUACCUGAACCAGCCCAACUGACUCCUUUCAAAAACCCUUUUGAAUCAGCCAAUAAUAGACUGAGCAACUUUACCUGGAAUAGGGAAGGCUGUAACCACUAUAGUGCAAUGUACAACGAAUUGGUUAAAAAGUUUCUGCAGGGGGUUCAGACACUGAGGCCCUCCUGCUUGGUUCCCCAGUGAGAUGUAAAAACAAUCUUGGACAGGUUGUCCAACCAAUAGCGAAGUCUGUAACAAACAGAGGCUCGCAGAACUGGAAUUAUAAAUUACUCUAACUAGCCUCCUACUGAUGACAAUCUAUGCAAAUAUUUUGUAUUAGCAGAAAACAUGAUGCCACCCAGAUAAAGUUAUAAUUAACAAAUCUGCAAAAUAUUCAGUGCCAGUGCUUUGCCAGCGCAGAGAUGCAAAACAACCACAAAGAGACACAACACAACUUCUCUGAGUCGUUUUUGUGUCUCUAAGAGUUCUGAGUCACCUGCAAAAUGCUACGGAGAUAUAAAACGACCACAAAUGAUGUCUUUCUCCUAUGAGGGGUUGAAAGCCUUUUACAUAUCUGUGCCCAGGGGCCCAUCAAUUUGACAAAAUAGUUUGACUGAGACUCACCUUUUCAAGCUGUUUCAGUCCAGUUUGGACCAUUUUACAGCUCAUUUGACGCUUUCACAGCAGUCUAAACAAACUGAACCAAACGGGCAAAUGCACCAGAGUUUGUUUGAACUAUUAGCCUUCUCUGAUUAUUUUUUCACACUACUUCCCGCAUUGGCAGGGAACAUUGGAAAUAAACAUAAAUUGCUAUUACAAAGAGUUAUGUAUGAUUGUAGUUCGUAGGAGACUAGGUUGGCCAGUUUACUUUCUCACAAUAACCUACAUUAGGAAAGAAACCUGAUAUUAGAUUAUUCGCUUUUACUUUGAUCAUUUAACAAUAAUCACUUCCAAUAGUCUCUUUUUUCAGCCUGGUUGUUUGAUAUUUAUAUAUUACUAACUACUGGCCAAUUCUCCAAUGAUGAACCUCCAUAAUGUCAGCCUCGGUUGCUAGAAGAUUUAUGAUGCAAAAGCCUCUAUAUGAGCAGUGGGAGCAAAUACUAAAAGUGUGAGCCAGCUAAUCAAACGCAUGUAUAAUGUACGUGCAUUACCGAGCAUCCUUCCCAUGCAGGUCACGAUGUGUGAUAGAUGUAGAAGUUGAGUGGUUUUGCUGUCCUGCGUUGUUUGACUUAACUGUUCAAAGAGAGAAAAGAGAAGAAAAAAACAAAAACAGAAACAUUCCUUGUUUUGCAUCCAGACCUGUGGUUGUUAUAUGCUCUGUUUCAUUCUGAGCACUCGCUCACUUGAUAUUGUGAUGUUUUACCCCAAUGUUUCUUUCAUAUCAGUGUUUGUGAUCCAUCCGUCUGUGUUUGUGGAGUGAACCAGCAAGAAGCCCAUAACAAUAUAAAAGAUUAAAUUAGCCACUGAAUGUUAAAUCAGAGAGUUUUUAAAUGUGCAAUUUCCCAAUUUCAAAAUGACGGAGAAAUCUUUUAAUCUGGUGAGAAAAAGGAUUGCCCCUCCCUUUGCCGAAAUAGCUGGACUUUUUUCGGAGGUAGUAGCAGUAAUUUAGUGUUUUGUAUGUUUAAUGUGUUUUUAAAAAUCCACAGAUUACUAAGAGAUAUAUUUUAUACUUAUUUAUUGUACAAACACAGUUGAUCCAAAUCUUCAAGGGACAUUUGAGUUGUAAUGUUAUUACUGUCCUGUAUGUAUACUGUAUGUAAGAAACCAUUAUAGCUGCAUUUUAAAAGAUUUGUACCAGACACUCAUACAUGCAUAUGACUCUUGGUACUGUAUAGUUGGCUUGUUUUAACUGUACACCAAAUGAGUGUGUUGUAUAUGUGGCUUGGGCUUGUAAAGUAAUGGUUAAGUAAGUUCCAUAACUUUGAAUUUCUUUCAGAACUUUUGUACAGAAAUAAAUGAUGAUUAACAGUU